CGGAGUCGCCAUGUUUCUCCGCAUCAUUCCUCAGACACCGUGACUGAACGGCGGCGGGCAGAUGAAGCAGAAUUACCCCCGUCACCUUUCAUCCACAUCACCAUCCUCAUCUUCAUCAUCACCACCACCAUCAUCUUCUUCCUCAGACGGACUUUAUCCCGCGCUCAGGACUUACUUCAUCAGGAAUUAUCCCUGGAAAAGGACUAAAACUGUGGAAAACUAAACGACACUCACUCGGUGCCUUGGGAAAACUUCGCUAAACUCACUUUCUUUGGAGUUAAACAUAAACGAUAAGUCUUUUCCACGCAUUUAACGUCCGUAUAUCUGAUUUGUCGGUCAUGACAUGUUAGUUUCAUUUGUUUUUAAGGAAAAAUUUCCCACAGGACGAGCUAAAAUCAGUUAGCCUGUUAGCCGAACGUCUUUAUUAGCCGGAUCAUUAGCAUCAGUUACUUUAAACCAAUUAAAGUUUAACACAUUGGGGAUAGUUUAAUGUCUAGAUGAUUGACAUGUCUAGACACUAGUAUUUGCUGAUGUUAAUACGUUAUUUUUAUUUACAUGGGAGAGAAACGGUCAACAGAGUCAGUGUGUCGCGAGAUGAUGUUGUUAUUUAGCUUGUUAGCUCGAGUGGCUACAGAAUAAAGCACAUAAACUAUACACAAAUCAAUAUUUACGGAAGAAGAAAGUAUUAUUUUACAAACAAAGUGCACAAGCGUUGGAUAAAUGCCCUAAACUAGCCUAUAGUUUUUUUGGGCAUUCGUUUGUUAGCUUUGUUUCUUCCUUUGACACUUAAUUACUAGAUUAAAAAUGUAGUGAAAAGUUUGUAUUUGAUUUGAAUAUAAGUUUGAUUUCGAAUUUAAUGCAGAUUCUGCCUGCAUUUUAGUGUGAUUAUGGGUACAUUUUACUUGUAAGUCUGCACUGAGCCCCUCCAAGGAUUUGACGUGUUUGCAUUGAUAUCUAACAAGAUACAAAGAGAGCUUUAUUGAACGUUUUUUGGACUGUCACUCUGCUUUUGAACCAUGUCUGGAGAAGUGCGUUUGAAAAAGCUGGAGAAACUCAUCUUGGAUGGUCCUGUCCAGUCUAAUGGACAGUGUUUUAGCUUGGAAUCUCUUCUGGAUGUUCUCGUCUGCCUAUAUGAUGAAUGCAUCAACUCUCCACUCAGAAGAGAAAAGAAUAUAGCAGAGUUUUUAGAAUGGGCCAAACCAUUCACCUCUAAAGUGAAGCAGAUGCGACUACACAGGGAGGACUUCGAAAUCCUGAAGGUUAUUGGCCGAGGAGCUUUUGGUGAGGUAGCAGUUGUCAAGGUGAAAAGUUCAGACAAAGUGUUUGCCAUGAAGAUCCUCAACAAGUGGGAGAUGUUAAAAAGAGCAGAGACGGCUUGUUUUCGGGAGGAGCGGGACGUGCUGGUGAAUGGGGACAGCCAGUGGAUUACCACACUGCACUACGCCUUCCAAGAUGAGAACUUCCUGUACCUGGUUAUGGAUUACUAUGUUGGUGGUGACCUCUUGACGCUGCUCAGUAAGUUUGAGGACCGCUUACCUGAGGACAUGGCACGAUUUUACCUGGCUGAGAUGGUACUGGCCAUUGACUCUGUGCAUCAGCUCCACUACGUCCACAGAGACAUCAAACCAGACAACAUUCUCAUGGAUGUGAACGGACACAUUCGACUCGCAGAUUUUGGCUCCUGUCUUAAACUCACGGAGGAUGGAACGACAGCGCAGCAGGAUAUCCUCCCGACUUCAGACAAGAGCAGAGUGCAGUCCUCCGUUGCGGUGGGAACACCUGACUACAUCUCUCCAGAGAUCCUGCAAGCCAUGGAGGAUGGGAAAGGGAAAUACGGCCCCGAGUGUGACUGGUGGUCCCUCGGUGUCUGUAUGUAUGAGAUGCUGUAUGGGGAAACUCCUUUCUAUGCAGAGUCCCUGGUGGAAACCUAUGGCAAGAUUAUGAACCACAAGGAGCGGUUCCAGUUCCCCGCCCAUGUUACAGACGUCUCUGAAAACGCCAAAGACCUCAUCCGCAGGCUCAUCUGCAGCAGCGAACACAGGCUGGGCCAAAACGGCAUCGCUGACUUCCAGCAGCACCCGUUUUUCACCGGCAUUGACUGGGAAAACAUUCGUAACUGUGAUGCUCCAUACAUCCCAGAAGUCAGCAGCCCGUCCGACACGUCAAACUUCGAUGUGGAAGAUGACUGCCUCAAAAACACGGAGACAAUGCCGCCUCUUUCCCACACCACCUUCUCUGGACACCAUCUUCCUUUUGUUGGUUUUACCUACACCAGUAACUGUACCUUUUCAGACCGUGGUUGCCUACGGGGGUCCGAAUCGCCUGCGGAGAUGGACGUGUGCGUGCAGCGCGGCCUGGAGGACAGUCUGGCUACCGAGGCGUACGAGCGACGGAUCCGCCGUCUGGAGCAGGAGAAACUGGAGCUUGGCCGAAAACUGCAAGAGUCCACUAAAGCGGUCCAGGCCCUGCAGUACUCCAGCGGAGACGGACCCGUUUCUGCCAGCCGAGAGUUUGAGGUCCGUGGACUGAAGGAGGAGAUCGAGACCCUUAAGAAACAGAUCGCAGACACGGGUCAGGUGCAGCAGCAGUUAGGUCAGUCCGAUGCUUCCCGCAGGGACCUUGAUGAGUCCUCCAAACAAACUCGUUCUUUGGAAAAACAGCUGAAGAACAUGAAGCAGGAGAGAGAUGAUCUGCAGAAGAGCCUCCAGGAAUCAUCGGAGAAGCUGAGAGCUCAGGGUAAAGAGCUGAAGGAGGCUGAUAGUCAGAGGAAACUGGCCAUGCAGGAGUUCGGCCAGGUGAGUGAGAGAGUAACGGAGCUGCGCUCGGAAAAGCAGCGUCUCUCCCGACAGCUCCGGGACAAAGAGGAGGAGAUGGACGCUCUCAAUCAGAAGAUGGAGGCGCUACGGCUGGACAUCCGCAAAGCUGAGAGAGCUAAGAAAGAGAUGGAGGCUCAGGCUGAAGAAUGGUCUGCUGAGACUCAAAAAGAAAAGAAAUUGAGAGAACGCAGUGAACAGUACAGCAUACAACUGGAAGAGGAGCUGGAGGGCAUAAAGCAGAAGCAGGUGGGCCGUUCUCCAAGUGUCGGGUCUUCUGAGCAGAACAAAGAGCUCAGUAAACUACGAGCAGACCUGGAGAAGAAGACUCAGUACUACGAGGAAGAGCUGUCGCGUAGAGAUCUCCAGCAUGCCAACGAACUGAAGCACUUGCAGAAAGAGCUGCGUGAUGCCGAGGGCCAGCAGCUCGCCCUGAAGAAAGAGAUCACGGUGCUCAAGGAUAAGGUGGAGAAGAUCCGCAGAGAGAGUCAGAUCGAGCGAGAGGAGUUUGAGACCGAUUACAAGCAGAAGUGUGAGAGAGAGAGAGUCCUGCUGAUGGACGAGAACAAGAAGCUCUCCAGCAAACACGACAAGAUGACGUCUGCGUUUGAGAAGCUGAGCUCUAACUACAAACAACUGGAGGAGGAGAUGAGAGAAUUGGGUGAUAAGAAAGAAAGCGUCACCCACUGGGAAGCCCAGAUCACUGAAAUCAUUCAAUGGGUCAGCGAUGAGAAAGAUGCACGGGGAUAUCUGCAGGCUUUGGCCACCAAGAUGACUGAAGAGCUGGAGGGCCUGAAGAGCGCCAGCCUGGGUGCACGAGCUACUGACAUGCCAUGGAAGAUGAGACGUUUGGCUAAGUUGGACAUGUCUGCUCGUCUUGAACUCCAGUCUGCACUGGAUGCGGAGAUCAAAGCCAAACAAACCAUUCAGGAUGAGCUGAAUAAAGUCAAGGCUUCCUUUAUGGCCACUGAGCGUAAGCUGGAGGAAUCGGAAAAGAGUAACCAGGAGCUUCAAGCAGACAUCCAGAAACUUAAACAGGAAAUGGAGAAUCUGCGUACGUCCAGAGGAGUCAAGCAUCAAGAUUCCCAGAAUUCCUUUCUGGCGUUCCUCAAUGCUCCUACUUCUGCCCUGGAUCAGUUUGAUCGCUCUACUGCCUUUGGCUCGGCUGGUAGAGGCAGACAUAUCGACUCCAUCGAUAACUUCAGCUUGUCCAACACACCUUCCUGUAAAGAUGAUGGACAGUCCCAGGUCACGUCCCAUUCGAGGUCACCCUCAACCACCAGCGAUGCCGAGCCCCAUGAGGCGGAUCAAUCACGGCAAAGAGCACAAACUUCAUCAGCAUACAGUAGCUCUGAACGUAGCACACCUAAGCCAAAGGCCCAUCAGUUUAUUGUGAAAUCCUUUACUACGCCCACUAAAUGUAGCCAGUGCACAUCUCUGAUGGUGGGCCUCAUCCGACAGGGCUGUACAUGUGAAGUCUGUAACUUCUCGUGUCACGUGACCUGUGCGGAUAAAGCCCCUGCCGUGUGUCCGAUCCCACCGGAUCAGACCAAAGCACCGUUGGGUAUCGACCCCCAGAAGGGCAUCGGCACGGCCUAUGAGGGCCACGUUAGGGUGCCUAAGCCAUUGGGUGUGAAGAAGGGCUGGCAGAGAGCCAUCGCUGUGGUCUGUGACUUUAAACUUUUCCUCUAUGAUCUCCCAGAGGGCAAAGCUGCUCAGCCUGGUGUUGUGGUGAACCAGGUCAUAGAUAUGAGGGAUGAGGAGUUCUCCGUUAGUUCAGUUUUGGCAUCAGAUGUCAUUCAUGCUAACAGGAAAGACAUUCCCUGUAUAUUUAGAGUGACGGCGUCUCAGCUCUCCUCCUCCAGCAAACAGAAAUGCUCCAUCUUGAUCCUGGCAGACAGCGAUCAGGAGAGAACAAAAUGGGUGGGGCUUCUAAACGAGCUGCACCGCCUCUUAAAGAAGAGCAAACUGAAGGAGCGCUUUGUUUACGUGCCCAAAGAAGCGUAUGACUGCGCAUUGCCUUUCAUCAAAACCACACAGUCUGCUGCUAUUAUAGAUCAUGAGAGGAUAGCACUGGGCAGUGAGGAGGGCUUGUACGUUAUUCAUGUUACCAAAGAUGACAUUAUCAAGGUAGGAGACAAUAAGAAGGUCCAUCAGAUCGAGCUGAUUCCCUCCGAGCAGCUGAUCGCCGUGAUAUCAGGCAAGAACGGUCACGUGCGACUCUACCCCAUGACGGCCCUUGACGAUCGCGAGAUCGACUUCUACAAGAUAGCUGAGACCAAAGGCUGCCAGAGUGUGCUUUCAGGCACGCUCAGACACGGCUCGCUCACCUGUCUGUUCGUUGCCAUGAAGAAACCGGACAAGGUGAUCAUCUACGAGCUCAACAGGAGUAAAACGCGUCAUCGUAAAGUUCGGGACAUUUUGGUCCCUGGGCCGGUGCAGUGGAUGGGACUGCACGGCGAGAAGCUCUGCGUGGGUUUCCAGGCCGGAUUCCUGCGAUACAACCUUCAGGGAGACGGCACUCCCGUCAGCCUCCUCCACCCGGAGGACCACACCCUGUCAUUUGUCGAGCAGCUGCACCUGGAUGCGCUCGGGGCCGUGGAGAUCUCCAAUAAAGAGAUGCUCUUGUGUUUCAGCGGCAUUGGUGUGUACGUGGACUACCAGGGCAGACGGUCACGACAGCAGGAACUGAUGUGGCCGGCCACGCCCACUUCUUGCCGUUAUAAUGCACCUUAUCUGUCCGUGUAUAGUGAAAAUGCAGUGGAUGUAUUUGACGUCAACACUAUGGAGUGGAUUCAAACGAUGCCUUUGAAAAAGGUUCAUCCUCUGAAUGCCGACGGGUCUCUAAACCUGCUGGGGCUGGAAACCGUACGGCUCAUCUACUUCAAAAACAAGACGGCAGAAGGGGAUGAGUUGGUGGUCCCUGAAACAUCCGAUAAUAGUCGCAAACAGCUAGUGAGAAGCAUGAACAGCAAACGUCGCUUUUCCUUCCGUGUGCCAGAGGAGGAGAGAGUCCUGCAGCGGAGAGAGAUGUUGAAAGACCCAGAAAUGAGGAAUAAGUUAAUAUCAAACCCAACAAACUUCAACCAUGUGGUUCACAUGGGCCCGGGAGACGGCAUCCAAAUCUUGAAAGAUUUGCCAAUGCCAGGUUCUCCUCUCCCUUCUCCUCGUCUCCACCUCAUCUCCACUCCUAGCAGCUUUGAGCAUGUCUAUCACAUGACCGUCACCUCUGCUGAACACUUCCUGUCCCAGGACUCCUCCCCUUUCUCCUCCUACUCCCCGUCCCUCAGCUCCGCCCCUGGGACCCCCGCAUCCAUCUGUUCUUUGAACGUGCGUCCGCAGGAGAGCCGUGGUGUUCUGGGUGCAUCCGUCAGUAUCCCCUCCAUCAGCAAAACCAGACCCGAGCCGGGCCGAUCUAUGAGCGCUAGCUACGGCCUCGGCACACGCUCCUCCUCUCAAAAUGGCAGCGCACUGAGACGCGACUUUUCCGUCGGUAACUACGGUUCCACCAAACGGCAGAUGACGUCACCAUCUGAUGGCUCGCUGUCAUCCGGUGGAGGAGUGGACUGUGGGGGUGAUGCCCCCCUCUCUCAGUUUGAUAGAGAGCGGUGUCCAGUGUCGCCCACAGAGAAGACACCAGAUCUGAAAAGGGCUUUAAGGAGCCUUCUUAGUAAAAUAAAGGAUUCGGACUCGCCGCGUCAUUCCACCGCCUCCAACAGCUCCAACCUGAGCAGCCCGCCCAGCCCGUCGUCCCCCCAAAAGAGCAAGACUCGAUCCCUGGACCGCAGAGAUCGCCUCGGCUGGGAGACAUGAGCAGGACCCCGGUAUAUCCCGGUCUUAUCUGAACUGCUACAUUUAACCGAGACCAGGAGUCGACUUCCUAUACGAAAAUUCCCAUACGCCGCCGGGGUCAGGUGUGUGUCUGUGCGCUACACUUAUGCAAGACACUUUGUUAUUGUUACACACCCAUAAACAUCGCCAUGCACCUUACAAACCUGUUACUGUGGACCUACUUCCCCUCCGUCUCCGAUUGAUGGGGAAAAUGGACCAUUGAGUUUCGCUUGCAUUCGCUUAGCACCUUCCAGCCCACUUCUGAAACGGUUACAAAAAGCUUUAACUUCGUCAGUUUGUUGAUAUCAGAACAAAGCCUGUCUUCUCUUACAAAAGUGUUUUAAUUAACGAAGAUAAUGGGGACUAAAAAAAUACAUAGGAAUAUUUGUCAGGGAUCAAGGAAAACCAUUCCUAGCAUUCCAGUCGGUGAGAAAUGAAAACGCUUUGAUUUAGCGCCCCCAAGCUGUGGCACUACAGCAUAACGCCAUGUCUCCCCUCCGGUGCCAUACAUAACACACACGCAUUAUAUUAUCGAUCUGAGUAUGUAAAUAGAGUUUAUGUAGAGUAUAAUAUAUAUGUAUAAUGAAAUCAUAACACUAUUCUGUUGGGAAAUAAGCUUUCUUUUUAUUUUCUGUGUCAUGUUUUGGACACAUGCAAAUGUUUUUAAUUGUUAAUAUAAGCAUUCUUUUAUGGUGCAGAUCUAUAAUUUCACUGCAAGGGAACACUAAACAAAUACUGGGUGUCAUUCAUGAAAUACAAAACACAGUGAAUUGUUUGCAGAAUCUCUAUUGAAUGCGACAUCCGUCGUGCAUCAGUGAACGAUUCUGUUUACUCGUGUUUCAUGAAUGAGGCUUAUUUUGUGCAAAUGCUAUAAGAAAACAAUGUGUAUAUUGUUAAUAAAUGCAUAUUAAACAGACACUCGUGUACAGUUACACAUGAACAUUAAUAAGCUCUUGUGCUGAAUGUAACAGAGAUUCGCUGCGAGCCUUUGUUGUUUAUUUUUGUUACUGAAGCAAUAAUGCAAAGAGUUUCCAAAGAAAUUUUCUUUUUUUUCAUUUUAAAGUUAUUUUGUUUUCAAGAACCAAACUUUGCCUACAUGUAUAGAUAACAUGUAACAUACGUUCGUCUGAUAUAAAAACACUAAAUUCA